CAUUCAAUUCUAAGGUAGUACCUACAUUAAUUGUUCAAUAUUUUGUUAUAAAUAACUGUAUACUUAUAUCCAUUACACGCAGUGUGUUAGAAGAAUAAUGCGAUGAUUUUUUAUUCUAAAAUAUUCAAGUGAUAUUAAUUAAUUUACUACAAAAAACCAGAAGAUUUCAUAAUAAAUCAUAAGGAUGAUGAUUUUUCUAAUAUUCCUUCUUUUAUUCAACCCUUCAAUUAAUCGUUCGGGGGCGUAUUUUCAUUCUCCAGACGACACAUCAGAUAUUAAAAUAAAACAGUGUUUCUGUGAGCUAAAAGGAACGAUCGAUGAUUGUAGUUGCAACGUUGACACUGUCGAUUUUUAUAAUAAUGUCAAAAUUUACCCACGACUUAAAAGUUUAUUAACGAACAACUAUUUUCGCUUCUACAAAACAAAUCUUCAUAAUGAAUGUCCCUUUUGGAAAGAUGUUGAGUUUCAAUGCGCUAUGAAGUUUUGUCAUGUGAAGCCUUGCAAGGAGCAGGAUAUUCCAUUGGGGCUUAAAGGCGAGGAACCUCACCUAAAAUACAUAAAAGAGACUCAAACAAUAGAUUGUAGCGAAGAUCUUAACAAAGAGCUUGGAUUUUUAAAUAAAUCUAUUAGUGAGAAAGUUCACAAAGAGCUGAAACGUUGGUCAGAGCACGACGAUGCACAAGAUAAUUUUUGUAUCCUUGACGAUCAUCAUGAAGGAGCUGAAUAUGUGGAUUUACUUUUAAAUCCUGAAAGAUUUACCGGAUAUCAAGGCAAAUCUGCUCAUCGGAUUUGGGAAACAAUUUACUUAGAAAACUGCUUUAAACUUCAAGACUCAAAAAGUCGUUCAUCAUUCACAUCGCUAAUAGACAGUCAUUCACUUCGCGAUGUUUGUUUGGAAGAACGAGUUUUUUAUCGAAUGGUUUCAGGACUUCACACAAGUAUCAAUAUUCAUUUAUGCGCCAAUUACCUUCAACCUGAGAAAAAUUCUCUCGAGUUUGCAUCUCCAAACGGCGUUUGGGGGCCAAAUUUAAAAGAAUUUAAAAGACGAUUCAGUCCCGAAACAACAGAAGGACAAGGUGACCAUUGGCUUAGGAAUCUUUAUUUCGCUUACAUAGUAGAACUUCGAGCGAUUGCAAAAGUUGCACAAUUACUAAGAAAUGAAGAAUAUUACACAGGAUUCGACAAUGAAGACAAAGAAGUUCAACUGGCUGUGAAUGAUCUUCUAAAUGUAAUCGAAUCAUUUCCAUCGCAUUUCGAUGAAAGCAUCAUGUUUAGUGGAGAUUCAAGCAAGAUGAAGUUUGAAUUUCGUGAGAAAUUUCUGAAUAUAUCAAGAAUUAUGGAUUGUGUAGGUUGUGAUAAAUGCCGGCUAUGGGGUAAACUUCAAACACAAGGUAUGGGAACUGCUUUAAAGAUACUUUUUUCUGGAAAAUUUGAAUACGACGUUGAUCGUAGCGGAUUCUAUGUUAUAAACGGGACCAAGAAGCAACAAUUCAAACUUCAAAGAACAGAAAUUGUUUCGCUUUUUAAUGCAUUCGGCAGACUUUCAAACAGCAUUCAUUCGCUAGAAUUAUUCAGAAAUCAACUGAGAUGAAGGAUAAGCAAUGAUUAAUGAAUGGAAAUACUAUGAAUGAAAUUCUUCAUAAUUAUUGCGAACAAAAAAUGUGAAAACAUGAAAUUGAAUUUGUGUUGAACUUCUGAUUUAAAAGAUACCUAACUGAUUUUUUAUGUCUUUCAAUUUGAUUAAAUUGUCGUCCAAUUAAAUAAUUGCAGAUAUAUUUAUUGUCUACUGGGUUCCUUUAGUCAACUUCUUACCAAAUUCCAACCAUUGCACUUAAUCAUCAUUGAUAUAACUCCAUAUUUACUUAUGCUUUUUCAUUCGUUGCUUUAAGAAUAGAGCGAAAGACAUCACAUUAAAUAAUUAAUUUAUUAUUGAUAAAUAUACUUGUAAUGAAAUCAUGUUAUCUAUGUGUUAAUGUCAAUUAAAUAAAGAAAGAUAACAUCAGUGUUUGAAAAAAAAACAAAAAUUGUUCAUCUAAGUUUUAAAAAAAUGCUGAAUAUUUAUUAUCUGAAAAAUUUUUUUAGAUUGGAUGAAAAUAAAAUAAUAGAAACUC